GCCCACCAAACACACACCCUCUCACACCUGCCCCUCGCUCCAAGCACCCCUGAGCACCCCACACUCACCCUGUGGGUGGGUCACACCCCACACCCACCCCGGCACAGGCACGGACACACUGUGGUCACACUGCUCACACGGGCACUCCCCACACAGACACCCCGCAUGUGCCCAGCCUGAGCAACACCCAGCACCCACCCCCUGCCCGCCGCCCUCUGGGACCCCUAUUUACACCCUCCCAGCACGAACUGAUGCUCCUUUUCCCUCCCCACUCCCAUUCGGGCAUCAACCAGGUCUUUCCCGGCGGGUCAGGACGAUGCAGCUCCUUCCCCUUGCCCCAGGAUUACAGCUUUCCGUCCCAUUUCCAUGUCUGCCGACAUCCUCACGGUGGAAAGAGACCCUUAAUCCCCAGCAAAUACUGCAGGAAGAUUUCAGAUGCCGGAUAAAAAGCUUAAAGAUGAAACGUUGCAAGGGUUGAAAAUGCUUAUAAGCGUCACCAAAACGGUUAUUAGCCGGGGGACGGCGCCGGGUCACUCCUGCAGUGCCUGGGGACUGACGCUGGGUCCUCCAGCGCUCCAGGGCCAGCUUUCCCCAUGGGAGAGGCUGGAGGAGAGGAGCUGGUCUGGAAGGAGGGACUUGGUCUCCUCCAGGGCGGGACAGGGGGAGGUCAGGUUAGCUCUUAAUCAUGGUUCUUUCAUAAAAUCCUCUACUUUAGGGGAAAUUUGACUUUCAGCACCGACAGAUGCGUUGGUCUGGUGGCACCUGAGAGCAGAGCCAAGUGCAGGGUGCCCGGGGUGUCCAUCUGCAGGACCCUGGGUCAGUCCCCAGGACACCACAGCCCUGGGAUAACGCAGUGUCAGAGAGGAUUAUUCCUUUGCAUAACCUGUUCCUGGGGCCGCCCCACCCUCCCGUCCCUCCGUCCACUUGUCCAUCUGUCCCCGUCCCGGGGGUCCGCGGGGGGGUCCGACAGCCCCCAGCCCCACUGACCCCCGCGGUUCCCCCGCAGGUGCCACCAUGUUCCUGAAUAAGUGCGAGGGGGACCUGGGCGAGCUGCGGAAGCCGGGGGACAGCGAGGGCACCCCGCCCGCCUCCGCCGAGGAGGAGCAGCCCAAGAAGAAGCACCGGCGGAACCGCACCACGUUCACCACGUACCAGCUGCACGAGCUGGAACGCGCCUUCGAGAAGUCCCACUACCCCGACGUGUACAGCCGCGAGGAGCUGGCCAUGAAGGUCAACCUGCCAGAGGUCCGCGUGCAGGUCUGGUUCCAGAACCGACGAGCCAAGUGGAGGCGGCAGGAGAAGAUGGAGGCCAGCUCCAUGAAGCUCCACGACACCCCCGUGCUCUCCUUCAACCGGCCCCCCAUGACCCCCAACGUGGGGCCCAUGAGCAACUCCCUCCCGCUCGACCCGUGGCUGACAUCCCCCAUCUCCAGCGCCACCACAGUCCACAGCAUCCCCGGCUUCAUGGGAGCCCCCCAGGCCCUGCAGCCCCCCUACGGCGGGCACUCCUUCCUCAACGCCCCCGCACCGAUGGCCCAGGGCAUGCAGCCCAUGGCCCCCGCGCCCUACCAGUGUGGCACCCCCUUUGUGGACAAGUACCCGCUGGAGGAGGUGGACCAGAGGAGCUCCAGCAUCGCCUCGCUCCGCAUGAAAGCCAAGGAGCACAUUCAGACCAUCGACAAGACCUGGCAGCCCAUUUGAUGAACGUUCCCCUCUGGCCCCUCCGGCCCCCCCGGCCCCGGCUCUGGGCCCCGGUGCCGGCUCAGCCCUGGGGCAGGUGAGGGAGGACAGUGGGUGCUCAGCAGGACCAAAGCCGGUGCUGGGCAGGGAUGCCAGGCUGUGUCUUCCCCCGCCGAGCCAGCACUGGCAGUGGCAGGGGAGCCAGUCAGGUGCUGGCAGGACCCCGCUGCAGGGGAGCACCCUGGGGGAGCCCGUUUGCCUCACUGUGGCACCAGCACUGGCUGAGGAUCUGGCCAAGGCUCAGGCAUCCAACCGUGCCACCAGGCCAUGCACCACCCCCUGGUCGGACACCUCCUUUCCUCACACCCCUUCC